AUGCUUCUCUUUCAAUCGAAGUUGCAAGCUGUCUUGAGAAUAUUUCUUUCACCUCCUCGUUCAUAUCACCUUUUCUGGAUUAGUUAUGUAAGACGAGCAACGAACCUUUCUUGUGCACAAAGGAUUUCAUUUUCUGUAGUCUAGUGCGCCUUUUUUAUCAACCCCUCGCUGUGAUCAUCCUUACGCAUAUAUAUUUUCCUACCUUUGUUCUCUUGCGCUCCGCUGGGAGUAGAAAGAACUACAUGC